AUGGAUGAGCCGCAACCACGGAGAGUCAAGAAGGGCAAGAAGUCACGACUCCGGGCUGAGGACUCAGAGGGGGAAAGGGUGAUUGAGGUGGCCCCCGUCGCCGACAUUGGAGAGCAGCCUUUGAGCCGGAGUGAGGGGAAGAUGAUCCAGGGGCUAGCGGGAGACUGGUCAAGCUUGCGCACACAAGCAUUCUCAGGUGAAGGAUUCUCGGCCCUUGGCGAGAUUGGGGAGUGUGUCACUGAGUUCACAGAGGGAGAGAAGAAAGAGAAGGCCUUGACUAUGAUUGAUACUAUCAUGCGAGAGUGGCUUGACACGGAAGAAGAGCUUCUUGCACAUGAACACGCACUCCAGGAGAUCCACCAGAACGUGGCCGCCGGUGAAGCUGUGAUCGCUGUAAUAGAUGUCUACAAAACUGGAGUUCAGGAUUACACCGAGAAGUACAAGGCCAAGACGCCGAGACAGAAGUACGCGAAAAACAAUCGGUACCUGACGUUCAAGCAAGGCCUUUGGAACGUCGAGCAUCCGGACUCUGCCAUGCCUCCGCUGGUGGAUCUCAUUCCCAAAGGCGACGAUGACGAUGACGACGACAUCCAGAUGGGUGGUAUCACUCAGGACUACAAAUGCCCCCUGUCGUUGCAGUUCCUGAAAGAACCUCUCACGUCGAAAACCUGCAAGCACUCCUACUCCGCCGAUGCGGUUAGGGAAUUUCUAUUACCAGGGCCCAAGAUAUGUCCCGCCACCGGCUGUCGGCAGCAGCUUCGACUCUCGGACUUGGAGCCAAAUAAGGAUCUGGCCAAACGCGCAGCAGAAGCGGCACGUCGUGAGCGUGCGAGAGAGGAGGACAGCGACAAAGAGGGUGAGGAUAUCAUCGAAUAA